AUGAGAAGAUCACCAUGGAAAAUAUUUUUAAUUAGCGCUUUCCUAGUUAAUUUCAUAAUUGGUAUUAUUAUGUGGAACCAGUUGGAUUCAACAUGUGAUUGCUCCAAUGAACAAAAGCAUGUUUCAUACAUUCGUGCCAUCAGCGAGAAACAUGCGGAAGAAAGUAAUUCCGUUAAUGAUACAGACGAACAUCUUUAUAGUAAAAUUGUUUUUGUAAUUCGAGAAUUUGAAUAUUUUGAUAAUGACAUUACCGAAACCAUAAAAUCAAUUCAUGAUGUAAUUCCCGGAGCGAAGAUUUUAAUUAUUUCAGACAAAAUACCAUAUCCACCUCUGACAUUUCAGGGAAAUUCUAAAAAUGUCCAUAUUGUUAAUUUAAAAGGUUCCAUUUUAACACCUAUAGGAUUGCAACAACCUUUAAAUUCAAUUGAUAAGGAACAUAUCUUUAUUUUUCCAGAUUCUGUGAGACUGCAUAACAUAAGUCAAGUGAGGAAAAUGCUUCAACUUCAUUAUAAGAAACCAAAAAACAUUAUAGCAGGGCGCAUUGAAGGUGAAACAUCUAUUUGUCUGAAUCUGAAUAUCAGUCUUCGAUAUUGGACGAUAAAAUAUAGACAUAGAAGUGAGAGAGUUGAAUGCAAUGCACUCGAAGGGGAUCAUGUAUUAUUGGUAACAAAGUCAUUAUUGUUGCAGCUAGGGUAUCCGUUCGCCAGACCUCUUCAAGUAUCUUUAUUUAUCCAAUCAACAUUGCUUAGAAUAAAGACUGAAGUAAUACAAGAGUUAUCUUUUAAAAAGGGAAGAAAUUUAUUUACGGAUCCUCAUAAAAAGUGGAAACAAAGUGUUUUAGAGAAAGAGCGAAAAAGUAAGCUGUACGGUGAUUUUGGAAUAAAGAAAAUAAUAUAUCCUGCAUCUAAAGUGGAAUGGCAUGGGUGCACAAAAAAUACUGCUCGAUGCUUUGGUACUGUACUGAAUGAUAUGCCAGAGUAUCUGUUUGAGGGUCGAUGGACUCCACCUUGUUGCUUAGAAAAUUUACGCCAAACUGCUCGAUAUGUAUUUAGUAUUUUGAAUAAAUGUGAGGUAAGGUAUUGGUUAGAAGGUGGCAGUUUACUUGGAGCUGUACGGACUGGUGACAUUAUUCCGUGGGAUUAUGAUGUGGACAUUGGAAUAUAUCAAGAUGAUAUUAAAAAAUGUGAAUGGUUGAAAAACUCUUUAGAACAAUCUAUAAUAGAUACACAAGGAUUCGUAUGGGAAAAAGCCAGAGAAGGAGAUUUUAUUCGUGUGCAAUUUAGUGAAGCAAAUCAUCUGCAUGUCGACAUCUUCCCAUUCUAUUCACGAAAUGGAACUAUGACAAAAAACACUUGGUUCCCUACACACAAACAAGACAUGGAAUUUCCCGAACAUUAUCUUAAACCACUCUAUAAAAUAAAAUUUGUUGGUGUCAUAACCACAGCACCAAAUAACUAUAGAGAAUUCUUAGAACUGAAGUUUGGAAAAGGAGUCAUAGAAAAUCCAGAAUAUCCUGAUCCUAAAAAGAUGAGAUUUUCAAAAAAAGCUGCACAAAGCUUUGCAUAAAUUUGGUGUCAAAACAGUAGAAUAAAAAGAUGCCAUUAAAAAAAUAAUAAAGAAAGAAACAAUUAUAAUGAUUUCAUUCUUAAAACUCCACUGUUACUACUUUUAAACAUGAUAUCAUGCUUAACUAACGAAUGGGAAAAUUUGCACUUUUCUUGCGAGCAAAACACUGAAUAUAAUUGUUUUUCCUCAAUGCGCUAAGUUAUUUUUGAUAUUUUAAUUUUUAUAGAUAAGUUUAAGAGUAAAAAAAUAAUCAUUUGAAGUAGUUAUAACCAGUAGCCCUUUUUGAAUACCACAGCAAACAUUGAAUUUGAAAAACGCGAUUUUUCAUAUUUGUUAAUUUAGCAUGGUGCUGACGAUAUUUUGAAUUGGGCACAAAGACUAGAUAAAGUCAUACCUAACUAUAUUUUAAUCAGAAUUUUUAAAAUCUGCUCAAAAUUAUGACUGAAACAUUUGUACCUAUACUAAUAUGCAAACCGCAAGAAGCUGGGUCCAUCUAAAUGUAUAUUUGUAAUUGCUUUCUUGUUGUAUAAGAUUUUAUCUCCAGUUUUUG